GGUUCAGUGAGAACACCAAAGUGCCCAUUACUCAAUGCAAUUCAAAUCAGCCUCCUUCAAGCAAAGCCCCACUAUCAUUCCACUCACGGUCCUAUUUUCUCAGGUUUUACAACCCUCAUUCAUUCCACCAUGAGAGCUGUGGUUUGCGAGGGUGUUCCCUUCCAAAUGGCCGUCCAGGAUAUACCAAAGCCUGUCAUUAUAGAUCCAACGGAUGCAAUCGUCCGAAUCACUACGUCCGCUAUAUGCGGUUCAGACUUGCAUAUCAUGGAUUCUCUGGCGGCGUCCCCCCGUGGACCAUGGGUCAUGAGGCUGUUGGCUUCAUCUCAGAGGUUGGGAGUGCUAUGUCGUCACUUGCAGUUGGGGACUACGUUGUCAUCUCCGAUUCUGAGUCUGACGGUAAACUCGAGCUGAGACCCGAGAUGCCAACCUACUUCGGAUUUGGCCUCCCUGAUAUGCUGAGUGGGCUUCAAGCUGAGUAUGCAAGAGUCCGUUUCGCCGACCAGAGUUUAAUCCCGACUUCCCUCACCCAAGCGACAACAAACCGUAAGCUAGAGCACCGGACAUUAAGGGUUAGCACCUCAAGAGGUACCUAGAGGUAACGUAGGAACAGGUAACCCCGCGAGGUACCUACGAUAGCAGCGAGAGGCACCCGGAUCUCCAGGUAUAGUAGGGACCUACAGGUGCCCAAGUAGUCCGGUUACGCAGGCACACGCGGUACCUGGAGGUAGGUAGGUAAGUUAGGUUACCGCUUCACGAGCCACCGCUUCGCGGACCACCUUUUUAUAAAUAUGCUUAUAAAUAAACGAUUUUUACCCGUAAAAAGGCGGGUAAAUUUUUUUUA